AUGGCUUCUUCAGAUUAUGCGUCCGAGUCUAGAGGUGCGGUCGCUAUAGCUGUUAUGGCGACCCUGUCGUCGAUCUCUCUUAUCGUGGUAUCCCUGCGAGUUUACGCCCGGGCCAUCAUGCUGAGAAACUUUGGCGUCGAUGACGCAUGUGCGAUCCUUGCUUGCUUGUUGACGAUUGCUGACGCUACUAUCAUUGCAACAAACGUUAGAAAUGGCCUUGGCUCUCAUAUAUCUACACUUUCUGGCGAACAGAUAAGUAAUUUCUUGAGAAUGUUUUACUUCUCAACCGUCGUCUACAACCUCGCCCUAGCAGUCAUCAAAACAAUCUUUCUCCUCCAGUACUACCGAGCUAUACCUGUACGCCAAUAUAAGAAGACAUACAUCGCAUCCGUAGUCCUCGUCACCUGCUGGAGUCUUUCUCAAAUCUUUCUCAACACUUUUAUGUGUGUUCCUAUCGCAUCUUUCUGGGACGUCACGGUCAAAGGCACCUGUAUCCUCAACAAAUCUUCAUUCUAUGUCGGCGCAGCGGGCAAUAUUUUGACCGAUAUCUUGAUCAUGGUCCUCCCGAUUCCCGUUCUUCGCAGUCUGAAGCUCGGUCGGCGACAAAAGUGGAUUCUUAUGUCCGUUUUUUGCCUCGGCAUAUUCACGUGCCUUAUCUCACUCGUUCGUAUCAAGUUCCUCAACAUUGGCACGGAUAUCACAUGGCAUAAUGUCGAAUCGGCGUCUUGGUCAGUCAGCGAGUUGUGCUGUGGUAUCAUCUGCGCUUGUGUUCCAACUCUCCGGCCUCUGUUAUCAGGCCAUGACCGCGGUUCUAGCCAUAACCAAUCCGAAUAUGCGAGACAUGAGAACUCGAGGACUACUGGCACUGCUCGCCAAACGGGUACCUCUCGGAGCCAUGAAAUGCAUGAUCUGCCCAGGACACUUCAUUCGUCUGAGAGUAAGGAUCAGUUACGUCCCUUGGAGUCAACAAUUGUAGUGCGUACAGAUGUCGACCAAAAGAGAAGCCGAACGCAGCCAGGACAUGGUCCAGGAACACACCGGGUGGUGAUACAAGGAAAGGACGAACAAAGACAUAGUUUGUCCAGCGACUCCGAGGAUCCCUUUUCCAUGCACCAGGUAGUUUAA